GAGAUGGGAUCGUUCAGAUACUUCCUUAAUUUCUACAAAGUUCUGUUAUAUCUAGUGCAAUGUACAUCCGUUUUUUGUGAUUAUAAAGAGAAUAGUCGUAUCGUAGGUGGCGCGACAGUUGACAUUUCGAAGUUCCCUUACCAAGUCUCGGUACAAGAAUUGGAUGACCACAUUUGCGGAGGAUCGAUUGUUACUGAGUACUGCAUACUAACGGCAGCACAUUGCCUUGACGAUACAAUUCCCAAAUAUGUGAAUGUUAGGGUUGGAUCUUCCUUCAUCAAUCAAAAAGGCAUCGUGUACAAUGCAAAAUCGUUUGCUGUCCAUCCUCAACAUAUACCCUAUAGUUGGAUCAUGGAUUUCGCGCUGAUAGAGUUGGAAACCUCUAUCCGAUUUUCUGCCCUCAUUCAGCCUAUUGCUCUGGCAUCCCGAUUGGAAGACUUAACUUACGAGGAAAACUGCGUGAUUUCGGGUUGGGGACGUACAUUAGAUGAUCUGGAGAGCUAUGAACAGUUGCGUGCGGUGGAAAUACCGUUGGUAUCGGAAGAGCUUUGUAGUGUUGCAUACGGAGAAAAGAUUGACAGCUCUAUGAUUUGUGCGGGAGAUUUUGAAAACGGUGGAAAAGGUAGUUGCACAUACGAUUCUGGGGGACCCUUGGUUUGUGGUGACGUUCAAGUAGGAAUUGUUUCUUGGGGGAAGGGCUGCGCAUUGCCUGGAUUUCCCGACGUAUAUAGCAACGUCUUGUACGCAAAAUCAUGGAUCAAUAGUAUAUUGCACGAGUCAAAUUACCGUCAAACCCGGCCUUCGCAAAAGCAUAGAGAAAUCAGUCACAUUUACCCAAGAUUCUAGAAAAUACCUCAACAUUUCAUCCACUCUUCGGCAGGGCAGCAGCACUCUGCACUUUGUGCAUCAUAAAUAUUUAUGCAUGGUCCUUUUUCAUCCGGGCACACCGGGACAGACCAGACUGACAGGUUCAUGGCAUGAGGUAAAAAGGGCCCAAUCUUGUCUGACCACCACGACCAAAGUGCAGCUGCGCGGAGAGAAAAAUGCAUCGUUUCCAGUAAAAUGUGGUUUCGGUAGUGGAGCAUAAGGGCGGAUGAUCAGCCUGGGCGGUGCAUCAUCUGAAUCUAUUUGAUUCAAUUCGUUCCAAUAUGGAAGCAGGUGUAGUACGGGACGAAUGCAUUAUGGUUGCUAAAUAUUUCAUGAAUAGUGAAACUCGAGCGUGAAACAGACAAUCACGCACAUACUUCGCUACACCAGCAGGAGCUUGCUCGACGUGUCCUCGAUUCUCACACACAAACUGAAUGAGUGACAGGAAAAAAUGGAGAAAGAAUUUGCAAUAAUGGAGAAAUAAAUAUACAAAUACACAUACAAUUUGUAUGUUAAACCGGAUGGUUAUUGCGCUUAAAGUUCCAUGCAACGUCGGGAAACGUUUAAUGUAACAGUUUUUAAUGAAUUCGAAUCUAGAGAUCUACCCCUGAGGAAAUUGAAAGAGGCAAUGUUUAACAUGUCGCAACACAAUAAAAACUAUUUUUCAAUUCUUUAAUAAAAAAAUAGGACGACAAAAUCUGUUAGGUACACAUUUUUUUAUUCCAUUCUAGUCAAUAUUACGAUUUAAAAUUGUUCU